GAAUUCGUUCUUUCCUCUCGUCAAACACUUCUUGAAUAGGCAUCUUCCAGCAUUGCACCCAGUAGAAAUUGUCGAAUGAAAUAGCUGCAAAGUGUUCGAAAGCAUGGAUUUUACUCUGGAAGAUGAAACAGCGCUUCCAGGCAAGAGGGAUAGCGGGAGUGCCGAUACUAUGCGGGACGAAGAAGGACAAUCGAUUUUUCCAACAUCUGGUCCUCCUCCUUGCCGUGCCAAUGAUUUAGAUCCUGCGGGUGGUGUUCGUCCUUCGGAUCACACUACAUCGAAGACAAGCAGCCUCAGUAAAAAUUCUCUGAGUGGGAAACAAUUGCGUCGCAAGAAUCGCCGUCAGCUAUACAGAUUGCUUAAGAAUCCGAAUGUCGUUCCUUCUUUCUUGAAGGUGAUCGAAGGUCGCAAAAAAAUCAAAACGGAGCCUGGUACCGUGGUAACAGCGAUAAGGGAGAAAGACGAGAUCAGCGUUGUCGAUUUGGGGGAUGAUUCCGACGAAGAUUUUCUGCUGGAGCCUCCAAAGGUCGUGAUAGACGUCGAUGAAUACAUUGGAUUGAAAAAGAAACGUAAAUUCUCAGCAGCGGUGCUGUCGUUGCCCUUGCAGGUUGCAAGUAACGAUGUUGUUGCCCCCAUUACUGUGAGUAGCAAUGCGUUCGCACCUCAAACCACAAAUUCGUCCUUUGCUGGUACCAAUGGUGUUGAUGGCAUUCCGAGCGAUGAGGGUUGGUACGAAGGGACCUAUCCAAUGGCGAUCCAGCCAGACGAUACUGCUUAUCUUUCGGAGUUUCAGGUAUGCAUUAGGGAAAAUUUGGAGUUCUUCAGUGCUACACCAGAAGAUUGCACGAAUAUUUCGGGUCGACGAAAACCCACGGUCCCGGGACAAGUUGGUAUUCGAUGUAUUCAUUGUGCCAGAGCCUUGCGGGCGGCGCAACCGCAAGGCUGGAAUGGUAGACGUCCUAAAAUGCCACCAGGCUCGGUGUCGUAUCCCGUGAAUAUGUCGGCGUUGUAUAGCUUGGCCAUUCAAAAACCGCAACAUCAUUUCGAACACUGUCCAAAUCUUCCAGCCGGUUCGAGAUUGAAUGCCGUACUGGACAUGUUGAAAGCGAAAAAAAAUGGAGAAAGUAGCUCGGGACUACGGAGACGCAUGAAGAAGAAUGGGAUAACUGCUGUUACGUACUGGCAUGUUUCAUGCUAUCGCCUAGGGCUUGUCGAGCUCAAGAAUAUGGCUGGAUUGCGUUUCGGGAGAGAUCUGAAAUUGGACCUAUUGCCGUUUGAUAUGGUUCGAUCCAAGGUAGAGCAAGAGCACCCUACAUUGUUUAUGAGCCCAAAACAAAUGAGUAUAUCGAGCAAACCAUCUGCGAAAGCAAACGUCGUUCCGAACCGUGUAGGUAGUAUGGAUCCUACAGUUGUUUCUCCUGCUAUUAUUGCAACAAACGUCCUUGAAAUUCUCAAGAAGGCGAAAGAAGAGGAACGAGAUGGUGAAAACUGCUUGAUUUUCAAGAAAGAUGGUGCUGUUUUGAGCGACUUUAUGUUUUUGACGACCAAGCAGAUGGCACUUUGCCACGCUAUAGAAUCAGAUUUUGCUACGAGGGGGAAAAAAACCAAGCAGAUGCGUAUAGGAUUCGCCGGUUUCUGUUGCCGCCAUUGCAAACGUAACUAUCCAACGAAUGGAACGAGUGCUGGGUUUGGUUUCUCUGUACMUAAAAGCACCACGGCCGCAGACAUUUUUCAGAACUCGUGCAGAAGCUUUACAAGUGUGCAUGAAAACUUAGGAAGCGCCGUGAGUAACAUGUUUGUUUUGCAUCUGAUGAAGUGCCCGGUUACCCCUCAGAGGAUCAAGGAUGCAUUGCGAGCGCUGAAAAGAGUACAUUCGAAACAAAUGCAGCAGUUGCCAAGAGGAAGUCAAAGUAGAUUCUUCUUGACGUUAUGGAAGCGAAUUAGGGCGGCCGACAAGCCGUUAGAAAGCGAUACUGGUAAAGUAUUACAUGAAACGAUCAAGAAAGACGGCGAUGAAGAGUAUAUCCCAGAAACGAUCCGUUCAUCCUUUGGAAAUCAUACAGGACGAAGGAAUACAAACCGAGAUUCCUUGACAAAGUAUUCGAAUUCGGACUUGCGAUCUACUCCUGCCAUUGAUGCGAAAGAAAUUAAAGAGAUACUAAAAAAUGCAGAGCAAUCAUGGGAACCAGGUCAAAAUGACAACCUUAUACAACGAGAAGAUAGAAAUUUAAUUUCAGAUUUCGUUUUCCUAUGCAUGCGGCAGCUGAAGGUUGCUAUUCCGACCGCUUUAGAGCAAGAGAAUCGGAAAAUGACAAAAACGAGUCGCGUGGCUGGCCUCUGCUGCAUGCAUUGCUCCGGACAGCAAUUCAUUACAACGGGUAGAUGUUUUCCUUCCACCGCAGAUAACUUAGCAGGCGCGUUAAAUGUAAGUAAAACUCGGAAUCAUGAUUUCUUUUUACAUGCAUUUUUUCUAUUAUGCGUCUCACUCUUCAGCACUCAUUUGCUCAUUUACGACAGGUGUCUUUAUACAAGCACAUCCUAAACUGUCCGAAUGUUCCGUUAACGCUGAAGCGAGUCAUCGAUGCGCUUCGGAAGAUGCAUUCAGAGCAAUGUUCACGUUUACCUUUUGGUUCUCAACGCCGAUUUUUAAAGAGGCUUUUUUCCAGACUUCAAAAUGUAUCGUUCGAAGCCGAGAAAGAGGUCCACCCGGUGGCCGUCCGUAGUUUGGAUUUCGCCAAGGCGCUUCGUAAGUAUGCAUUUGUCGAAACAAAAGCCGCGAUGAAUACAUAUUGGCAGUGCACAAAGUGUCGCAUGGUACCUUUUGACUAUCGUGCUCCAGGGUCUCUCUUUUUCUCGCGUCCUUCCGCAGACGCAAUGGAAAAACACUCGAAAUUGUGCCAAAAGGACGGCAUCCAGUGGGAUAAUAUUCUAUUUUCCAUGAAGAGUCUUGAAAAGAAAUAUGGUAAUGUGAAAGCACUAGUCACAAUGGAAUCCUUCUUUGAAAUGGUUCGCACUGUUGUAGGCAACGAGACUGAAGUCAUUGACACUUAUAUGGUCACACUUGGAAGAGAAGGCCGGCUUCCAGAGGAAUCUUUCGCUGGAGGCAUUUGGCGGCGGCUACCCACCAAGGUUGACUUCAAUAUAGUUGAAAAACAUUUUUCGGCUCUUCGAAACGACCUGAAUCUUCCACCGGGGAGCCUUAGGGACUUUCCAGACUUUUUAAAUUUUCUACGACUCCUUUCGUGUAACUUUGUGCCACUGUCGUCGAAUGACGGAGUUGAGAAGGAAAGCACGAUCGCUUUCAAACAUCAGAAAGCACCACUUUCUAUUGUGCAGUCAGGAUCAGGAGGAAAACAAGCUCCUGAACAACUCACUCAGGGACUUAAAUCGAACACUGGAUUAGAAUUAAAGGAAAGGUCAGAUAUGCAAGAAUCUGCAAACAUCAAUUCAUCGCUGCAAAAAGCCGACAAGUUUUUCAAAUUCAGUUCAGUUACAAAUGAUGUUGAUGAAGAAGUACAACUGGUAGUUCAGCCUACACCAAAGGGGAGUCGACAAGAUAUUUCCCUCUUGAACGGCAACCAAUCUUUGCUAGUGGAAGGAACCAACAUAUGCGAGGAAAUACCAUUGGUGAAAGCUAAAUGUUCAGGGGAUCAGGGGAAUCGUACUAUGGAAUGUGUUGUAACUGGCCAAUUUGACGAUGCCAUUUGAUACAUCAAUAGAGUAGAAUCAGGGAUAACAUAUAAACAUGAUAAGCAGAGCAAAGAUCUUGUCCUUAGUCUGUAGUCUGUAGCAUCUACAUUUUACAAUCAUCACUAGAUAGAAGUGGCUUCAGUACGUACGCACUUCACUUGGUGUCGUUUCAUCAACGCACUAGUUCGUUUCACACGGCAGAACGAGGACGAGUGAGGACGAUUGCUUUCUCAGUAGUGUUAAAAUUUAAAAUUAUCGAAUGGGACUGAACCAUUUCUGUCACGAAUGACCAACUCGCAAACAAAGACUCGAGUGACUCUUCGAUAGAAACUUCUAAAACUUCAGACCACCAUCCCGCCUACCACCUCAUUUUCUUCAGAUUUUCUGUCUCUUCGAUGGUUGUUUCGACCAUCAUUCCUCUUUCAUCGAAGGACUACAAAAGUCGUAUACGUUCCUUCUCGUAUCCCACCAAUCUAUCGCUACGUCGUUAGGAAUCCUAUAUCGCUCUAUCCAUUCUUCCUUUUCUUAUUUCCAAAUAGAGCUACUUACUGCAAGAACAAAGAGGAUGAAGUUCUCAUCGGCGUCGAUCAUCGCAGCAACGGUUAGCGUUGGCCUCCUCGACUGGAAAUGCGCAGAUGCUUUUGUGGUCGGAUUUGGCUCCGGCUUGCAGAGCAAAUCCGCUCUGAUGGACGCAGCAUCUUCAGUCGGCAACACGGAGAACGAUGAACUAUUGGCACAGAAAAAGAAGUUGCUCUCACUGCUCGGGCCAAAGACAUUUAUCGACCCUGUUUUGGCGGAUCCAAUUACAAAAGAAGGAGUUCGAAUCACAUCGUCCAGUGGUGCAUCUUUGAAAAUCACAUCCCCCACCGCCACGUACGGAGGUAGCGCCAAUACCUAUUUAAAUCUACUCGAACCUGUGUCGGAUGAGCCGCUAAAGAAGGAUACCGAUCCAUCAUCUCUUUUGAAGUCGGCACUGCGGCAGGUCGUUCCCGCAGUUCCUCCACCGCUGAGAGGCCCCGUAAAUUCGUUCUUGGGUGACGAAGAAAACGAAUACGUGCCCAUGAGAGAUCUGUUCACGAAUCCAACGGUCUCGUUUGCGUAUGAGCGGGGCUGGCGACAGGGUUUUGCUGCCGCCGGAUUCCCGGGUCCCGACGUCGAGGCCCAAAUGGCGACGGACUACUUUGCUCCCGUGGUAGCGCUUGCCAAUCCCGAUUCGGUGGUCGUCGACAUGAGUUGUGCCACCGGGCUUUUCACCCGAAGGCUGGCCAAAUCCGGAAAGUACGGGAGAGUCAUGGGGUGUGACUAUUCCGAUUCGAUGCUCACUGAAGCAAGACGACGAAUCAAAGCCGAUCCCGAGCUCUCCCCCAAAUCGCUCAAGACGUCUCUCGACCUGGUCCGUCUCGAUGUGGGGCAGAUCCCGAUGAAAACAGAAUCGGUGGAUUGUCUGCAUGCUGGUGCAGCGAUGCAUUGCUGGCCCGACCUUAAUGCAGCCGCGGCAGAAAUUCACCGCGUCCUCAAGCCGGGAGGCAGGUAUUUUGCUACGACGUUUUUAUCGACAUAUUUCAGCAAUGUGGCGGCUAUGGACGGCCAGGCUGGUGCGUCUCCGUCGCAGCAGGCCUUCCAAUACUUCGAUUCCGUAGAAACCCUGAAAGAUUUACUGGUUGGUGGAGGUUUUGACGAAUGCAAGGUAAACAUUGAAGUUCUGGGAACUGCCUGUGUAGUGAUUCGUGCUGAAAAAUAAUCCUUUUAGAUACACAAUAGUUCAAUACACAUCACACAUUUUG